CCCCCCCAUGUGUUUUCCACCCCCCCCCCCAGACUCCACCAACUCCAGUGAGAACAUGUACACCAUGAUGAACCCCAUCGGCCCCGCGGGGAACCGGCCCAACUUCCCGAUGGGGCCCGGCCCCGAGGGGCCCAUGGGCGGGAUGAGCGCGAUGGAGCCGCAUCACAUGAACGGAUCCCUAGGCUCCGGGGACAUGGAUGGGCUGCCAAAGAGCUCCCCCAGUAACCUGGGGGCCCUGAGCAACCCCCCCGGGACCCCUCGGGACGACGCCGAGCUGAGCAGCAACUUCCUAAACCCCUUCCAAAGCGACAGCUACUCGCCCAGCAUGACAAUGAGCGUGUGAGACCCCCCCAACCCCCGCCGACAGCCAGACGCCCUCGCCCAUCACCGAAAAAAAAAAAACAACAAACACAACAAAAAAAAAACCACAACCGAAUUCGUUAAUUGUAACGAUCGGCCCCACCCACCCCACCUCAAAAAAAACAA